AUGGGGGGGGGAAACAAUGGGGCCUCCCGUCCGCUGGGGCCCCUCUUAAAGGGCCGGCGCAGGGGCAAGUCGUGGUGGGACGACACGAGCCAGCUGGGCCCCGACCGGCACGCGAGGGACGUCCCCGCGCUCGACAAGUACGCGGAGGAGCGCUGGGAGGUCAUCCUGCACUUCAUGGUGGGGUCCCCGAGCGCCGCCGUGAGCCAAGACCUGGCCCAGCUGCUGGUGCAGGCCGGGCUCAUGCGCAGUGACGGGGGCGAUGCUCCCUCCAUCACCUCGGCCGGGUUCCGCUUCCUGCUGCUCGACACCCCCGCCCAGCUCUGGCUCUGCGUCCUGCACUACCUGCGGGGCGCGCAGGCUCGCGGUCUGGACCUCGUUGAGAUCCUCUCCUUCCUCUUCCAACUCAGCUUCUCCACCCUGGGCAAGGACUACUCGGUCGAGGGGAUGAGCGACUCCUUGCUGACCUUCCUGCAGCAUCUGCGCGAGUUUGGGCUGGUCUUCCAGAGGAAGGUGACAUGACGGGGACACGGGGGAUAGGAGGGCAUGGGGGAUGGGGUGGACACAAGGGGGACACAGGGGGACGUGAGGGACAUGGGAGUACAGGGGGGUGUCCCUGUCCCCACCGUGUCCCCACUGUCCCCGCAUUGUCCCCCAGACUCGGAGCUGCAGGUCGCCCUCAUCGCGCUCUUCUCGGAGCUGCUCUACCGCUUCCCCAACCUGGUGGUGGCCCAGGUGACAAGGGACAGCGUCCAGGCCGCCAUCGCCAAUGGCAUCAGCGCCGACCAGAUCAUCCAUUUCCUGCGCACCCGGGCUCACCCCGUCAUGGCCAAGCAGAACCCAGUUCUGCCUCCGACCAUCACGGACCAGAUCCGGCUGUGGGAGCUGGAGCGGGACCGGCUGCGCUUCUCCGAGGGCGUCCUCUACAACCAGUUCCUGUCGCAAGGCGACUUCGAGGUGCUGCGGGGCCACGCACGGGCGCUCGGCGUCCUCGUCUUCGAGCACCCAGCCAAGCGGCUGCUGGUGGUGACGCCCGCAGGACACCCGGACGUCAAGCGCUUCUGGAAGCGCCAGAAGCAGAGCACGUAGGGCCUUCCGCCUUGCACGGCUCCGGCCCAGCCCUGACCUCUUCAUCCUCAUCAUUGUCCUCAUUGUCCUCUUGCUCUUCAUCAUCAUCUUCAUUAUCCCUGCUCUAUUCAUCGUCAUUGUCGUUGUCAUCCCCAUGCUCGUCGUCCCCUUUCUCUUCAUCGUUGUCUCUCACAUCUUCCUCCUCAUCCCCUUCCCAUUUUUCGUUCCUGCUCCUCAGUGCUCCCCUGCCCUAUUCCAGGUUAUCCCGAUCCUGGGGUUAUCCCGGAUCCCAACACUGGGAAUCCCCAUUCUGGGUUAUCCCGAUCCUGGGGUGAUCCUGGAUCCCAGUGCCGGGUAUCCCCAUUCUGGGUUAUCCCAAUCCCAGGAUGAUCCCAGGGGUCUCCUCUUCCUGGGUGAUCCCGUAUCCGCAUGCCCAGGUGAUCCAGGAUCCCGAUCCUG